AUGAUUCAAUAUCUUCCUAACGAAUUACAUAUUCAAAUUUUAUUUUAUGUUGCUAAUGAAACAAACUUUGAAAAAUUUUGCUCUCUACGAACCGUUUGCAAAAAGUGGAGCUCAUUUGUUCCUUUAGUAACUCAUGAAGUUGUUAUCUCUAGACUAAAUUCUGACUGGAACGAGACCAAAUGGUCCAAAAAAUUACCACCAACAUAUUGUGAUUCCACAAAGACUUUUACCUUUCUAUUCGAUAAUACCGACGGUACCAUUAAAUCUUGCAAUAAUUACGAAGAAUCAGGCAUAAAUAAAAUCAAUUUUAUAGCCUAUGUAGAAAGGAGUGAAGAUAUAGUAAGUUCAAUUAAACUUGGUGCUAAAUUCGGUGAAUUGGCUUUUCCUGAAUUUAAAAAUGUUGAUAUAUAUAAAUAUGAAUUCGAUCACCAAAAUAACGUAUGUUUUAAACGGGAGUCUGAAGUUGAUGAGAAGGGUGAGAGUACUAGUAGCGUAAGACUUUAUAGUUUUACUAUUGCAGCUUGGAAACUUUAUUAUAUUUUAGAUUGUCUUAAAUUUGAUCGGGAUUUCAAUAUCAUUAUGAGAGAAUUCGAUAUAGGUGCUGUGUUAGGAGUAGGAGUGCUUUAUGCUGCUCCCGAUGAUGAUUAG